AGUCGACGUGGUCUGUUUUGAGACGAUCGAUAUGAAAACGACGUCGUUGCAGGGAAAUGAAAAAAAAUUCAUCUGAUUGAUUGAUUUCCUUCAUCAAGAGAUCUCGAGUGUACUCCCUUUGAUCUUCAUCGUCUAGCUGAUUUCUCGGGUUGGGUAUUUGAAAAUUUUCGAAAACAAUGGCAGCGAUUUACAGUCUUUACAUUAUAAACAAAUCUGGUGGUCUGAUAUUCUACAAGGUACGAUCUUUCUCUUGUUCUCGAUCUCGCAGCUGUAUGACUUUUUCUGCCUGGAGAAUGAUGACCUAAAUAAUGUUAAUUUCGCCCGUGAUUCCUCCAUUUGAUUUGAGGAUUGUGGAACAAAGGGAAGAAUGGAUACGAAUGAUAGCUUGAGAGUAGCGAGUUUAUGGCAUUCAAUGCACGCCAUUUCUCAGCAGCUUUCACCUGUCAAUGGCUGUUCUGGAAUUGAGCUUCUAGAAGCUGACACUUUUGAUCUCCACUGUUUCCAGUCUCUCCCUGGAACAAAGUUCUUUGUGGUUUGUGAACCGGGAACUCCCCACAUGGAGAGCCUCCUUAGAUACAUUUAUGAACUCUACACUGAUUAUGUCUUGAAGAAUCCUUUCUACGAGAUUGAAAUGCCUAUCCGUUGCGAGCUUUUCGACAUCAACCUUACUCAAGCAGUACAGUCAGAUCGUGUUGCAUUGCUAGGAAGAUGAGCGAGAGAUUUAUUGAUUGUCUGCUGGAUUGUUUCUUCUUUUGCCUUUUUUUUUUUUUUUUUUUGCGGGUUUCUUGUACCGAUAACAUUUUGUAUGUGAUAACAACCGAACAUUGCAAGAAA